UCUAGAGUUACGGGAUCCAUUUAUUGCCAGUUAACUCCGAGUAAAUAUGGAGGCGGCGUCCGUCACACUGCACUGCCUUGCAGAUAAGAGACUGGUCAGAGAGGCGCCUAAGCAUCUUCUCGCUGUCUUCAUCCACCAUGCAGAAGUUAUCUGAUUCAGUUACAUCAAUCUUCCAGUUGGAAACUAAGGAAGAACGCCUUGCCAAAUGCCUACAAGGGGGUUCAACCAUAGUUUACAGCGAAAAGUUUGGAUUGGGGUGGCGUUUUGGGCUGCAGUACUCUCAAGAAGGCUGGUCUUUUGCCAAAGUGAAGGUUUACCUCGAUCAUACCCAUUGUUCGCCGUCGGCGACAGACGCUGCCACGGUGACUGUCUGCCUUAAAGAUGGGUCUACUCCAGAGGUUCCUUCUUUUGACAGCAGAACGGUCUCGAUUGCUGACUUUGGCCAUGGUCCCCCCGCGCUAAUUGGCUCGUUCUCGCCGUCCGUUAUUGCUGCACACCCUUACAUGUGGUUUACGGUCGCUACGAAAGCAAACUUUGCUCCAGUUAUCGCUGAUCCCCUCAUUAAUACUGUAUCUGCUCUUAGGCAGUCCAUGAACAACGGCGAAUUCACCGACACCAAGUACUAUGCCAUGUCCAAGCGUGCAACUUGGAAGUCUUCAGGAGAAACUCGUUUCGUAUAUGCGAAUAGUGCAAUUUUAGACCACGGCGCCGGUGUUGCGCCAGUUCUCCCUUCAUCUAUCAAAAAAAAUUCUUUACUCGUUCAGUACGACAGCGAAAAUGGGCUGAUGAUGAACACCACUGGGCGAUAUGAUUAUUACCUCGAUAGCGACAUCGACUCAGGGGAAGAAGAAGUGAAACAGAAAACUAAGACGGAGACCGUGACGAAGGAGAAAGUGAAAACGAAAACAAAGGGAAAAGCACAAGGAGUGCCUAGCCAGCCCCCUUCUUAUCGUUAUAGCCAGAGCUGGUUUGCUGGCUCUGGACAUUACGAGCAUGAGUUGGAUGAAUUUAGUGAUACAUUCAGUGAUACCACUUCCGAUAGCAGUGCUUUAAGUUCGGAUGAUGACAAUGACAGGUGGGCGGAAUGGGAGGCUACGCGGCCUCCAGGUUUCCGCUCGACAGACACACUGAGGGCUGAGCCAUUGCCCCAACCCUUUUCUCCGACACAGCGAAUAGUGUUGGUUCAGAACACGGCAUUCACAACCUGGGCAUCCUACGUAUACUAUUGCUACACUGGCCAAAUUUCUUUCCACCCCCUGAAGUCCAAAGAUCCGCUCAGCCGGCGCAACAACACAACUCAAACUUUACGCUGUUCUCCCAAGUCGAUGUACCGACUUGCCUCUAAGCUCAAAAAUGCACGUUUGGAAGCUCUGGCGUGCCAGGCAAUCAAAUCCAAUUUAUCUUCGAAAAAUAUCUUGGAUGAGGCGUUCUCAUGGUUUACAGCUCAGUACCCUGAUAUCCAAAAAAUGGAACUAGAGCUCCUGAUAGAGUUCCGCAGCACACCCGAAGUAUCAAGUCGUCUGGAUCAGAUCAGUGAAAGUGUUUCCCGAGGAGAAAGGCCUUAUGCAAAUGCUAUGCUUCGUGGCUUUUUAAGGCAUCUGACACGGCAGGGAGCAGGUGGUACGAAGUGAAGUCGCAACAGUUAUGUCGUCAGUUGUACUUGUAAGUCGUGUUGUCCUAAUGUUGUCCUUGUGUUGUUAUCUUGUCUUUCACUUCAUCGUACAUCACGG